AUGAAACAGAUGCAAUGGAAGUUCGGAGGGUCCGAGAUGGUUCUCAGAAAGAUCUUCAAAUUACAGAGACAGGUAGACGCCUUCAUAGAAGAACGACCUCUGGCAGGAGGCAUCGAAACUCCCGGCCGCAUUACGAACGACCCUUGUGACUAUCUUGAGGAACUGUUCCCCUUUCCCCCAUAUGGAGCUGAUACAGCGUACUGGGGGUUUGGAGGAGUAUUCAGCUCAAAGUUUUCUUUCAAUGGAAAGCCUAUGGACGCCUUGGCUCCUCACUGA